GCAUUGUCCCUCGCAUGCAUGAUCAAGAUUCAAGUUCUGGUGUAUGAAGAAACGUGUAAAACUAAAUCAACCUUCGAUAUUUCGAUCGAGGCUCGAACUAUAUUUGUUUACUCGACUUAGUAAGGAGAGAAGCAUUACGCCUUUGAUAGUCGGCCAACCAGGACAAUUUAACCAACUCUUGACUGAGAGAUCAGGAUGACUCACGAAGGACCGCAGUACGUUGUAAGCAACACUUCAACCAGAGCUGACAUUUCUUCUUCGACUGAAUUAAAACUAUAUGGAGACGCUGCAAGUAAAGGCUUCAGUUGGCUUGAUGGCUUAGAGAAACUUCACUUUGUUAAAGUUAGCUCAGUUGAACCAGAAAUGACUGUUUUCUUUCCUGUGAGUGAUUGUGUUGUCCAGUUUAAAGCAAGCAACAUUGAUGGUGCAUCUAGUAUGGUGCGAACAUCCUGUGGUCCCCAUCAUAAGUGGUGUGAAGCAACGUUCAGUUACAAGAAAGCUGUGAUGUGGCAGGGUGAACAUGUCAGAGCAACAUUACAGUUUUACAUAGAGGAGAAAGCUAAACACGCAAAUUUAGCUGGGUAAAACGUUCUUGAUAAAACUGCCCAAACAUGCACUUUGGACAAGUAAAUUGCAUAAUUAUCAUAAAAUAUUUGACUUAUUCUUGCAGCUAUAUAAUAAAAUGAACUAUAAUCUAUCGGAGUAACGCCGUUUAGUAAACGAACGCAUAUUUUUCUAUAGUAUCAUUCACACUAUAGUGUAUGUAUCAUUAUAUUUGUAAUAUUUUUUCAUAUAGCAGUAUAAAUGUGUUAAAAAUUUGCACAAUUGUUUUAAUUUUAUGUUGAGAAAGCUUCGGAUUGAUAGCGAUACAACUUCCGGUACAACUUUCGAAUACCAGGCCACAAAAAAUUGAACUCAGUAUAUGCAUGGCUACAGGCUACUAAUACUGAAAGUUAGAGAGGGAGGUGGGUGUGGGCCAGGGAAUCGAUCAAUUUUUUGUUUCUUUAACACUGAAACACCGUACGUAGCCACGAAAUCAGUAGCCACGUAGUCCGGCAGCCAUGUAUCUACGUAGCCACGUUGUCGCCACCGUAGCCACAUAAGAGACCUUGCGAUUUUAAGCCUGGCGCACACGAUGCGAUUUUAGUCGGCCGGUAAAAAUCGUUUGACUAAAACUAACAAAAUCGUUGUGUGUGCGGUGUCAUUUUUAACCGAUUUUUGUUGCUCGAUUUUAAUUGGACAACAUCAAAACGUUUUGAUAUUAUACGAAUUUUUUUCUGUGGAAUUUUAAGUAUAACCAAUCAGAUUUCAUGCUGUGAUCACGUGCUUGUAUUUAUUUGGCAACAUGGCGGCUACAGUUCAGGGAGCAUAUUUUUUUCGUAAUCGUGCGCGGAGUAUAAGGCCGAGUAUACCGAUGUAUAUCGGUAUGUCAACAUGGGUUUUAAGGUUGGGAAGAGUUCUGCUAAACCCAGUUUGAAGUUGCACUUGUCGUGGCUUGGAAUGCAGCCGUUGUAUCAAGACGUGAGAAUCUGUGAUUUAGCGUUGUAAACAGAGCGAGGACAAUGUCUAAAAUUCAUAUGUUGUAAUUACUCAAUUCUUUUCAAUGAUCUAUUGUAUUGGUAGCUGUUGCCGUCGCGUUGCCGUCCUAAAAUCGUAAGGUCUCUAUAGUCACAUAUAGCCGCGUAGCCAUGUAGCCACGUUGUCGCCAUCGUAGCCACAUAGUCAAGUAGUCAUAUAGCCGCGUAAGCCGCAUAGUCAGGUAGUCAUAUAGCCGCGUAGCCAUGUAGCCACGAGUUAAAAAGUGUUUUUUAAGUGGCCGGUAUAAGAACUUUACGAACGCAUAUUUUUCUACUUUGUAUUUUUCAGAUAGUUGUAUCCCUAUCACUCUGAAGCUUUCUUACUUAUUGCCACUACCUACACUACCUCAAGAUUGUAUUUCUAUAUUAUCUGUUCGGUAAAAUCUAGAAUUAAAUCAAUUCAUUAUAUAAAAAUAAUUAUCUAAAAUGUAUUAAUAAAACUGAUAAAUCUUCAAUUAUUAUCUGUAUCCUACAAACAUUUCAUACGGUCCACUAGUAACUUGUCCGCCAAUGAAUCCUAUUAAAACAAGA